GAUGCAUUAUAGUUAUUAUUGUUAUUAUCAUCUAACUUCCAGAGCAUUUAUAAAAAUGAUCUAAUGCUCGAUUAAAAAUGAAUAAUAUAAAUAAUCGUCGGCAGGUUCGACGAGAAAAUCGAUUUGCUUCUCGAUAUACGGUAUAUAUAUUCCAUAUUUUGCUUUAUCUCUUUCAAAAUCCCUUUUUAGUAUGUAACAAUUGAAAUAAAUUAUUAGACAUUGCAUAUAUAAUCCUAGUAAAAUCGAUCAACGUUUGUAAUAAUACAAUAAUGUCAUUUGUCACGUAAUUGCAUAUUGGCAAGUUAUAAUUUUUCAUCCAAAUUUUUAUCGCGUAGAUAUAUUUAUUGUAGAUUUAUUAUUAUAGCAACUAUUUUUGUUGAUAUCUUAUUUAAGCCUGGUUACGUGUUAAGUGUUUUGAAAACUCGACUAAUUGCAAGCUAAUAUAACUCUACGUUUGUUAAUUAAAAAGCAAUUUGUGUUUAGGAUGAAGUAUCCUAACAGGAAAGAUUUUCAACAAAAAUCUGAAAUUAUGUUUGCCACGUUUUAUUGAGUAAAUGAAACUUUUAAUGAGAGAGUACAACGAAGUACACGUAAACAAGUGUCGUGCUGAAUUGUGAAAUGUAAUAAUCAACUUUUAAUUGUUUCUUUUUUUAAAGAUAAAUCAAAUAAUUAUUUAUUUAUUUAUUAUUAAAUAGUUUAUAUCCCACACACAUAAAUACACACAAAAUAGAAUUUGUUAAAUUAUAUAUAAUAAUAUUUAUUUAUUUUCAACGUUCUCUAUUAAAAAAGUUAUCAUUUGAAUAUAAAGUUUUCUAUAAUAACGAUACGUUAAUUGUUAAUGAUCUAUUAUUAUAAUAAACAAAAAAGGGGCUGAAUACACGAAGAAAUAUAUUACACGUAUUAUAUAUUAUAUACAUAUAUACUCUCUCGUGCUUCUGCAUAUCCGUUGACAUAUCAAAUGUAACAAUACUUACAACACACACGAUCGAUUUGAGAUUUGUUUAUGUUAGUUAAAAUUUUAGAUUUUUUUUUUUAUGAAAUUUUCUUUAUCGUUAGAUAAGAAACAGAAUAGGCCUAUGCAAUAAUCGAUUAAAAUAAUUAAAGGUAAAGAGAAAAUAUUAUAUUUAAUAUUAUUUCUUUUCCAAAUUUUAAAUUACGAUAUUUUUGCAUAAAUCAAAAAAAGACUAAACUCUGCUACCGUCUCUAUAAAUGAAAUUGAUUUAUUUUCCUUCUACUUUUUACUCGCAAUAAAUAAAAAUUUAAUUUUUUUUUCGCGUGAUAUAUGUGUUUAAUUGACGAGGAUAAAAAUAUAAAAUACACGCACCCACAUCCAUACACACACAUUACACAAGCGCGUAUAAACACAUUCACACACGUAUGUAUAUUUGUUUAAAACUUAUCUUCCAAAACUAUAUAACAAAAGAAAAAGAAGAAAUUAAUUAUAAUUAAACGUUAAAGGAAGAAAAUAGGACGAAAUGUGAUCGUGCACGCGGUGUGACAAAGGAAUAUUUUUUUAUUUUACAGUUGAUACUUGAACUUACUGAAAUAAUCGAUUCUCUUACAAUUAAUUGAAAUGAAUAUUUACAACAAUGUAUGAUGUAUCCAUAAUUAAUUUAUUUUCUUCAAAUCAUUGUGAUAUUAUAAUACAUAAAUAUUCCUAUGCCACUUGAAUUAUCUUAUUUCUAAGAAUAAUCAAUAAAAAGAAAAAAGGAAAAAGAAAAAAAAAAAAAAAGAAAACAAAGAAAAACUGAUUGUCAGCAAUUUCGUUACUGUAUCUAUUAUAUAAAUGUUGCUAUAGAAAUCGUAAGAAAGAAAGAGAAAAAGAAAGAGAGAAGAAGGAUUGUUAUAUUAUUGUCUUUCUUUAAUCAAAAAAAGGGAAAGAAAAGCUAGAAACAAAACUUCCAUGUGUUUGUCCAAUGUAUUGUUUGUUAAAGAAGAGAAGCAAAAAAGAAAACCAAAAAAUAUAAUGACAAAAUAUUAUAUGAUAUGAAAAGAAAAAAAAGAGAAAAAAGGCAGAAUAAGAUUGGAGGAAGGGUGUAGAAUUGUUAUAAUUAUGUUUUUGGGGGGCAAUCGAGGGGGAGAACAACCGAUUUAUCUUCAAAACAGAUACGUACGAGCAAGGAUGAAGAGAAUUUUCCAUGUAAUACACGCGCACGCGCGCAUCCACAUACAUAACUGCGUUGUUUAAUAUUGAUAAGGAUUAAAAAUAAAAAUCGAUUAUUCAGGAAAUUCAUUCAUCGACUAUUCUUACGUAUUACAAAUUCCUAAACUUUUUUGUUUUGGCAAUAAACAAAAAUUGAAUCGUACGAGUGAUACAAUAAGAGUAUAUCAUUAAUUAAAUUUAAUUAGACUAAUUAGAGAUAAAAUAACGUCAAGUUAAGUUUCUAAGUAAACUAAUAUUAUUAGUUAAAUGUGUGAUAUUUCGCUUUUGAGCAUGCUUCCAGAACAACGCGUGAAAGUUAACAAAUGUCAAGGCUCUUUUUAAUACUCCAAGGCAUAUAAAAGUUCUCGAAGUUUGAAGGAAAUUUUAGUAUUGCGUAGUUUCUAUCAUAUCUUACGAAAUACAUCAUAUGUGUUUUUUAAAUCAGUACUAUAAAUCUACUCUUCUCCUACCUAAUUUUUACCUAAUACGUCUUAUUUUUUUUCCUCCCGCGUUAUCAUAUUAUAUCUUUAUUUCAUUUCAUUUCACAAACUUGUUAUUAAGAAUAUAUUUGUUAUAUUAUACCUAAUAUGUCUCCCUUGUAUAUUAGGUAUAACAUACGUUCGGUGGUAAAAAAAAAAAAAAGAAACAUACGAAUAUAUGAAAAUAAGAAAUAAUAAUAUUUGCAAAUAUUUCGAUAGUUUUAGCGAAUCCAUCGGAUAGACUUAUUGUGCAAUCAGGAAAUUAUAAAAAUGUUCGAAAAUACGCGUAGAAUGAAAUAGUAUCGACGAAAGAAAAAUAAAACGAGAGAAGGAAUCUCGUUCUCUCUCCUGUUUACUUUCGAGGACCGGUAAAGAUGAUAAAAGGCCGAGAUGAAGACGAGAGAAUUCAUAGUCGUUCUUUGGUAAUCGUUAAGGAAAGUUCGCGUGUUUCGAAGAAGCUCCAAUGGCCGCCACGUAUCCGAUCAUCCAUUUGCUCAUCGCCUACGGCUUUUUUGCCGUCGCACUAUGCGUUAAUCAGUAUCGAACAUAUUCAAAAACUCAACAAUCGAAUCAUUUGGUACCACUAUCGACUAGACAAGUCUCACAAGGAUCCUGUCCAGAAAAGAACGGACGUUUCCCGGUUAAUUCUCAAUGCGACGCAUACAUAGAAUGUAUCGACGGUGUUGCAGAAGAGAAACUUUGCCCGGAAGGUUUAGUUUUCAAUCCUGAUGCACGAUUCAAUUAUCCUUGUGGAUAUCCCAUUGACGUUGAUUGCGAAAGUAGACCAAACAGACAGCCCGCACAACCGACCGAGGAUUGUCCACAUCAAUAUGGAUACUUCAAAGUUGGUGAUCACACAAAUUGUGGACAAUUUAUGAAUUGUGCCGAUGGUAGGGGAUACAUUUUCGAUUGUCCCGAAGGAUUGGCUUUUAAUCCAGAAUCAUAUCGAUGCGAUUGGCCUGAUCAAGUGCCAGAUUGCGAUGCCGAAGCUUUCCUCGGCUUUCGAUGUCCCGAAGUUAAAGAAAAUUCAUUUUUGAACGGUGAAAUAAGAUUUUAUCGUAGUGCUCACGAUUGUCAGCAUUAUUAUAUAUGUGUUAAUGGACAUCCACGUUUGUUAAACUGUGGAGAAGGAAAUGCAUUUAAUGAGCUUAUUGAUGCCUGUGAUGCUGCAGAAAAUGUUACCGGAUGCGCCCCAGAAGCCACCAAUUUAAUUUCACCUAAUAUCAAACCAACAAGAUUGUUCUGAAACUGACAAUUAAUUUCACUCUCUUGAGCAGACUGUAUCAGAAUUUGAGCAUUAUUGAAUGUUCAAUUUAUUGUACAAUACUGAAAGAAAAAAAAUAACUCAUAAAAAUAUGUAAAUGAAAUUGAAGAUAUCUUAAUGUUAAUGCGAAUGCGUAUUAUUGCAACAUAAUAAUAUUAAUAUUUAUUUUUAAUCGAUAUAGAGACAUAUUUUUCUAGAUGUAUACUUAAAAUUUAUCGAAUGCAUACGUACCUUGUAUUAUGAAAAUAUAUAAUAUAGGAAAUGAUUAGAGUUUACGAUUAUGUCAAAAUAGAUACGAUGCUUUAUACCAAUUAUCGUAUCAUUAACAUUCCACCACUUACUAUUUGAAUAAAAAACACAUAAAUUAGUUGAAUAAAUCUUUUUAUAUUUAUAAAUAGUCAUUUAUUGAUAAUUUACAUUUUAUGCUUUGACAGCGAUUCGUUUCUCAUGAUAUAAAUAUCAAUCUUUUCACAGAUUAAUUAUAUUCUACUAUAUACUGUGAAAUAAUAAACUUCUUAACAUUUUUUUGCGCUAUCUAUAAAUAAAUAAUUUGACGGAAUGUUUUAGUGCAAUUUUUAUUAGUGCAAUAUUAAUUUGGAUGAAAAGCAGA